AUGGGCGGCAGACUUUCUAUGCCCAAGGCUGCCGAUGGCAUGAGCGAGACGUCCAAGCCAACUUCGGCAAAUGCAGCAGCGCGCCUUACGAGGGGUCGUGGUAUUAUCAAUGGCCGGACCAUAAUGGCACCCCUUGCAGCCCUCACUAUGGCUGGUCUUCUCUUCGUAUACGCCCGAACCUCGAUACGAGCAGCGAAAUUGAACGCCAAAAGACACCGAGAAGCAGAUGGCGGGCAGAUUAGCUGGCACAAGGAGAGUAUGAGGCGUCACGGUCAGAUAGAGAGGCUAGACGAUGAUAAAGGAACCUUCAGCGAAGCCCUCAUGGGAGACAUUCGCAAGAAGAAACAGCGAAAGGUCGACGAGAACCAAAAGGUGCCAGUUGAAAGGUCCGACAACGAUGCCGAACUGAGGAAGAUUAUGGGAAAGAAAGACUGA